CCCAGCUGUUUUGCAUUGCGCGAUUUGUGUUUGGGGGGUGCAGAUUUGUAUCUUUUUUUGUCUAACUUGGAUUGAAUUUGUUUCCCGGUGCAGAACUGGAUUUUGCUGAAAAUGUUGAAGGGCAGCACACUGAAAGCAUUGGAUGUAAGAAUUAUGCGGCGCUACAUUGAAUCAAGUUGGCAGCAGCAGCAGCAGCAGAUCGGUAAGCGACACUAUAUGAAUGGCAUCCAACGCUCCUUCAUAACGUUCAAUGACUUCCGCAACAAAAAUCGUUCGUACACCAAAAAGGAGCUCGUUGGUUACUCCAUGCAGGACAUGUACAGGGUGGUCAGCGAUGUCAGCAACUACUACAAGUUUGUGCCUUAUGUGAAGAAAUCGCAUGUGCACAGCGUAGACACCAGCGGCGGCGGAAAUGGAUUCAAGGCGGAUUUGAUUGUUGGCUUUCCGCCGCUGAACGAGGCGUACACGUCGCGGGUGACACUGGAGCCGCCGGGCCUGGUGAGAUCGGAAUGCCAUGAUGGCCGCCUGUUCAACUACCUCCUCAACGAAUGGCGCUUCAGUCCGGGCCUCAAGGACAUACCCAACUCAUGUGUCCUGGACUUUCGAGUGGCCUUCGAGUUCAAAUCGCUGCUGCACAGCAACAUUGCCAAUCUAUUCUUCGACCUGAUAUGCGAUCAAAUGGAGAACGCCUUCAUUCUCGAAGUGGAGCGACGCAGUGGUCCACCCUCCAUUCGAUCGCAUGUCCUCAAAUCGAAGCGACGUUGAGCCAUCCAGAAUCCCCAUCGCCCAGCCCACCACAAGGUGUUGAGUAGUUGUUUAAGUCGAGACUUGUAUGUAUUUAGUUCAAAUUAUGUUGACCAAGGCGUUUUAUAUAUAUUUUUUUGUAAAUAAAAUUGAUAACACAAGAGAAAUGGUGUAAUAAGUACAAGAAUUAAACGUAAAACGUAAUUUAAAAUUAA